CCCCCCAAAGCUGCCGACGACCCGAGACGCGCACGACGCCCCAGACCAACGACAGACUCUCCCUGAUCUUGUGCCCUGCCGGCCCGAAACGAGUUUACAUCGCGCUAUAUGGGUGCCCGUGCAAGACGAGCUCAGUCGCCUUCGUCAAAGCCUUCCCCUACCCUCUCGCUCAAGCGGGAGGCGAACGGCAACGGCAAGAUGAGCAGCGGCGUUGAGAUGCGGCGCAAGGCCGCCAGCCACCAGGAUUCAAACAGCAUCGCGGCGAACCACAUGUCCCGCGAGUCCUUCUCCCUAGACGAUCCCGUGCCCAAGUCGCCGGCUGCCACCACCGACGUCGGCUUCUUUCAGCUGCCCGCGCAGGACCAGAGGAGCUUCCUGCUGCUCGUCCUGCUCUACUUCCUGCAGGGCAUCCCCAUGGGCCUGGCCAUGGGCUCGGUGCCUUUCCUGCUCAAGAACCACAUGUCGUAUGGCGAAAUCGGCACCUUCAGCCUCGCGUCGUAUCCCUACUCGCUCAAGCUCUUCUGGAGCCCCUUUGUCGACGCCGUAUGGAGCUCCAAGAUUGGCCGACGGAAGACGUGGAUCGUGCCCAUCCAGUUCCUGUCCGGCUUUGGCAUGCUCUGGCUGGGAUCCAACGUGGAGGAGAUGAUGGAGAAGAUUGGCAAGCCCGAGGGCCCUACCGUUUGGUCCUUUAUGCUCUGGUGGUUCUUCCUGGUGCUCAUGUGCGCGACGCAGGACAUUGCCGUCGACGGCUGGGCCCUCACGCUGCUGACGCCAGGAAACGUGUCGUAUGCCUCGACGGCGCAGACCGUGGGCUUGACGGCGGGCCACUUCAUGUCCUACACCGUCUUCCUCGCUCUCAACGCUUCCGACUUUGCCAACAAGUGGGUUCGGACGACGCCCUCCGACGACGGUCUCGUCUCUCUCGGAGGCUAUCUGACCUUUUGGGGGUGGACCUACAUCAUUGUCACCAUUGGCCUGGGCCUGCUCAAGCGCGAGGAGAAGUCGCAGAACGAAGAUGGCGUCUGGGACGUCUACCGCAUCAUGUGGGGGAUUCUCAAGCUGCGCAACGUGCAGACCAUCAUCAUCGUGCACCUCAUUGCCAAGAUUGGCUUCCAGGCCAACGACGGCGUGACGAAUCUCAAGCUGCUCGACAAGGGCUUCGGCAAGGACAAUAUGGCUCUUACUGUGCUCAUCGACUUUCCCUUUGAGAUUGGUGUCGGAUACUACGCCGGCAUGUGGUCGCAAAAGUACACGCCCAUGCGGCUGUGGUGCUGGGGCUUUGCGGGCCGUCUGCUGGCCGCGCUGAUUGCGCAGGUCACGGUGGCCAUGUUCCCUGCGGAAGGGGUGACGACGUGGUAUCUCCUUGUUGUCAUUGGCGAACAUGUCUUUUCGACGUUUACAAACACAAUCAUGUUUGUGGCCGUCUCGGCCUUCCACGCCAAGGUUUCAGAUCCGGUUAUUGGAGGCACUUAUAUGACGCUCCUCGCAACCGUCUCUAACCUUGGAGGUACAUUCCCUCGCUACUUCGUCUUGAAGCUUGUAGACUCCUUUACCGUCGCGACAUGCCACCCCGGCUCGCCGGGCACGAGCAACCUGAAGGGCCCGCUUGUCACGGAGCCCUUUUCGUGCGCUAUUCAGGGAGAAAAGGAGCGGUGCCUGAACGGCGGCGGCAGCUGCGAGAUGGUUCGUGACGGGUACUACACCGUCAACAUCCUCUGCGUCUUGUUUGGUGUGGCGACAUUUGUGUGGUAUAUCAAGCCCAAGGUGUUGCACUUGCAGAGCCUGCCGCUGAGAGCGUGGAGAUUGGCGGGGAGCGGCAGCAGCAAAUAGA